AGAACACUAUCUUCGAGAUGGGCCUCAAUGUUGACCGGCUAAGACCAUCACAGCCAUUGUCACUUCGGAACGGCGGAAAUGGAUUUUUUGGCGGCUUGCGAAAGUUUGUGCUGUCGUGGAAUGGUCUGUUCUUGAUUGUUUUUAUAGUCGCUGCAGUCCUUUCUGUGACUCUAACCGUCGUUUUUACUUCCAAUUCACCGAAGAAAUAUGAAGGCCCAAGAAUUAUGCAUUUAUCGAUGUACCUGGGAGAUGAACAAGAAAAGAAGCAGUUUUCUAGAUCACAUCCGCUUGUUUUGAAAGCAAACGACAAGGAAUGUAGCCUCCGAAAGAAUGUUGAUAAUUCAAGAAAAGCCAUUGAACAGCUUGUGAAGACUAAUUCCGAGCAGCAGUAUAGCUUCAUACUGUAUGGCGAUGAAAUACGAUAUAUUGGACCAUUUGAAGCCAGUGAUGUCUUGGAUAAGAUGGGAUCUAUUAGGACAGAACGUCAAAACAGUUCAAGUUUUAAUCAAGUUGGCGCCAUUAAAAAGUUUCAACAAGUAAAGGGUAAAAAGGAUAUCUUGGUGCACUUCAUUCCAUGCGACUUUGAAUACUCAGCAAAAAAUAAUGAAACGCUGCUGUUUACUGAAAUAAUGAAAAAUAUUGGCAAGACAACUCUCGUGUCAAACACAGUGAAUGCAACGGUAGUGGCUACAGCCUUCAAUAUCAGAAAGGAAGAUAUGAAAGACAUGGUUAUCGGUAAGGAUCAGGAUAUCGCUGAAAGGAUCAAGGAUAUAGGAGAUUUACCACAUGAAGAAGUGGCAUCAACCGCAAGGACUACUACCCAGUCAUUAACAACUUCUAUAGCCACGAGAGAGCAUACCACAACUUCAAUGACCACCACAACAACAUCAGCUUGGACAACUACUUGUGCAGAAACGGUGACAACGGAAUGUGUGUGUACAACUAUAAAUCCCUGCACAACUACGACACCGACAACUACUACCACCACUACUCCUACAACAACAACAACCCCGACCACUACAACAACAACACCUACUACAACAACCACUACAACCACCACGACGACGCCUACUACCACUACAACAACGCCUUCGACUACAACAACUACCCCCACUACAACUACUACGACGACACCUACAACCACAACAACGACACCAACCACUACUACUACAACGACAACGACAACAACUACCACAACAACGCCUACAACCACCACAACAACUCCGACCACUACAACAACGCCUACUACAACAACAACAACCCCGACUACAACUACUACGACAACACCUACAACCACAACGACGACACCAACCACUACCACAACACCUACUACAACAACCACCACAACCACCACGACGACGCCUACCACGACAACUACAACUCCAACUACUACCACCACCACAACAACAACACCUACAACAACGACGACCCUGACCACCACUACAACAACGCCUACAACAACAACAACAACAACUCCAACUACUACUACAACAACACCAACGACAACGACAACUACCACAACAACGCCUACAACAACAACAACAACUCCAACUACUACUACAACAACACCAACGACAACGACAACUACCACAACAACGCCUACAACCACAACAACAACUUCAACCACUACAACAACGCCUACUACAACGACAACAACCCCGACUACUACAACAACAACCCCGACUACGACGACCACCACCACAACAACGCCUACAACCACAACAACAACCCCGACUACGACGACCACCACCACGACAACGCCUACAACCACAACAACAACUCCAACCACUACAACAACGCCUACUACAACGACAACAACACCGACUACUACAACAACAACUCCAACGACAACAACCACCACCACAACGACGCCUACAACAACAUCGACCACUACUACGACUUCUACGACCACGACAACGCCUACAACCACAACAACAACUCCAACCACUACAACAACAACGCCUACUACGACGACAACUACCACUACGACAACACCUACGACAACAACAACGACACCAACUACUACUACAACAACUCCCACAACAACAACUCCAACUACUACUACAACAACGCCCACUACAACGACAACCACCACCACGACAACACCUACGACAACAACUACAACACCAACUACUACUACAACAACUCCCACAACAACAACAACUCGAACUACUACUACAACAAUGCCGACAACAACCACGUGGAUAUCAACUACUACAACUCCAGAAGCUACAACGACAUGCAAACGUACAAGCGAAUGUCCUUGCACAGUAGUGACUGUGUGUUACACUGAACCCACAACAACAAUGACAACACCUACAACGACUACUGCUGAUGUUACGACAACACCUACAACGACUACUGCUGAUGUUACGAAGACAAAGGAUGUUACACAGAUAUUCAUGCGUGUUCCCAGUAUUAACCCAGCCUUCAACAAAAAGUGUCCGAAUAAUCAAAUCAUUGAGGACUUCGUAAGAGACUCUUUUUUGCUAAAGCAUAACGCACUCAGGGAAGAACUUGCUCAAGGACUUGUUACUAUGAGGAACGGUACUGUUGCUCAAACAGCCACGCGGAUGAAUCGCCUCACAUAUGACUGCGGUGCUGAAAAAAGUGCUUAUGAUUGGGCAAGCAAAUGUACGGACAGAGACUCGACACAAACUACAUACAGUGAAAAUAGAUAUACAAUAAAUGACACCAGCGUGACAGUCGCGGCGGCGGCAUACGAAAGCGUUUCCAUGUGGUGGAAAGAAGUUGAAAACGCCAACAUGCAGCAAAUGCCAGGACAAUUAAACCUGUACUACAGCCACCUUAACUUGCGCCAUUUUGCCAAAAUAGCAUGGGACACACAGAGGACACUUGGCUGCGCUGUGGUGGAGUGCUCAGAUUUCGUCAAUGUUGUUUGUCAUUACAGCGGAGCCAACAUUGCCGAAGGUUCACCUAUCUAUGAAAUGGGGCCGCCGUGCGCAGGUUGUGUCCAUCAAGGGACACCGACAUGUGUCAGUGGACUGUGCAAACUCGACUGAAUUCUACUCUCGAUCAAAAUUCAAAAUGUAGCAUGCCUUUACAAGUUUAUAUAAAGAAUUCAUCGCAUGAUUGUCA